AUGUUGAAAGUGGCGCAACGAAGAAUGAUGCGUAAGAUGAUAGGUAUAACUCUUUUAGAUCAUCGUACCAAUGUUUGGUUAGAGAAUAUUACCAAAAUCCCAGAUAUAGCAGCGCGAGCGACGGCCAUCGCAAUGACGGAAGAAGUAACUAUAUCUGCCCUGUACAUGAUAAGGGAUGUGAAUUCAGACACGGUGAUACGAACAUUGGGCAAUGUCAGCACUCGUGCAAGAAUUGUGGUUAUAUGUCUACCCGAAGGAGUUGGAAAGAAGCGUGACUUCAUUCUAGCUGCGAAAGACGGCGGAUUCCUCACAAAUGAAUAUGUUUUCAUAUUCGCGGAUACAAAGUCCAAAGGAUACUCUACACCCAUAGCUGGUGGCAAAGAACGUGCAAUAUGGGUAGAUGUCAAAGCUCAAAAUGACGGAAGAGACGAGGAAGCCAAAAAGGCAUUUGGGCAAACUCUGGUUAUCACAGAC